UGUUAUCAAUAGUUUAAAAAUCAGUCAAUACUCGCAGAACCGAUUGGUUGAUAUGAAUAUUGCGUGAUCAUUAUAGCAGAAGAUAAGUAUACUUUGGAACAUUUUUAUACUCCAGAACAUUUUUUUUAAAUUUCAUUAGCGUAGCGUUUUUCCUAUUUGUUCUAAUAGUUUUAGUUAUUUCCUUUCAGAUGUAUUUGAACAGCCUGGUCCCAAACGGGACCACUCUAGUCAUUCUAUCCCUUCUGAUCCUGCUAUGUUACAUCUAUAUCAAUAUUAUCCACUCCUACUGGAAACGUCGUGGAAUACCAUAUGAGAAACCCUACCUGCUAACGGGCAGCUUAUGGAACGUAUUCAGUGGAAAAAGACAAAUAGGAAAACAUUUCGGAGAUUUAUACAGAAAGUUCGAUGGUCCCUACUUUGGAAUCUAUAUUUGCGGCAAACCGUAUCUGGUGAUUCGUAGUCCGGAUAUCGUCAAAGACAUUACGGUUCGAGAUUUCAGCAACUUUGAGGAUCGGACGUUUGCUUGCGACAAAAAUGCUGACGAUAUGACCGGAAAUAGUCUCUUCAUCCUUCGAAAUCCCGAAUGGAGAAACGUGAGAAUGAAACUGACCAAUAUUUUCACUUCCGGAAAAAUUAAGCAGAUGUUUCCCUUGAUGCUACAGACGGCAGAUGAUUUGCAACACUAUGUAGAAAAACAUGAUAAUGAAAUCGUUGAUGUCAAAGACCUAGCAGGGAAAUACAUGACUGAUUUAGUCGCAAAAUGCUUUUUUGGGAUCGACAGUUGUUCGUUUGUGGAAAAACCAGUGACGCACUUCAGGAAAGUCUGUAUUGAUAUACUGGAUGUAAAUAUCUUCCGGUCGUUUUGCAUGUUUUGCUACUUGUUCUUGCCCAAGCUCGUUUCACUCCUAAAACUCAAAUUGCUUGAUACACAUUACCUGAGAAAAGUAUUCAUGGAAACGCUAUUGUUCAGAGAGAAAACUGGAUUUCACCGCAACGACUUUGUGGAUCUUCUCAUCAAUAUUCGGAACACUUUUGCAAACACUGAAGAAUCAACCUUUGAUACAACCUCCAUGGUCUCACAAGCGAUCACAUUUUUUAUUGCCGGAUUCGAAACGACCAGCAAUCUGGUUGGAUUUACGCUCUACGAACUAAGCAUGCAUCCAGAGUGUCAGGACAUGUUAAGAAGGGAGAUUUUCGAAGUAUUUCCCGAUGAAACCACCCCUUUGACUUUUGAUAACGUUCAUCAACUGAAGUAUUUGAACAUGGUUAUUGCAGAGACACUGAGGCGGUACCCAUUUGGUCCCUUCUUAAACCGAAACUGCAAAAAAGACUAUGUGAUCUCGCAAACCGGGUUCAAAAUCGAAAAAGGAACCCCAGUCUUAGUGUCGCUGGAUGGGAUCCAUUACGAUCCCACUUACUACAAAAAUCCAGAGAAAUUUGAUCCCGAACGGUUUCGGGCUGGUUACAAGCACUUGUUGAGUGCGUGCACGUAUUUGCCAUUUGGCAUGGGGCCUAGAUCUUGCAUAGGAGAUCGAUUUGCCCAAGUAUGCGCAAGAGUUGGUAUUAUUUGUAUUCUAAAAAGAUUCACAGUGGAAAAAUGCCACCUCACACCAGAUCCGCUGGUGUUGAAUCCGAGAUCGCCUUUCAUGCAACCGGUGAACGGAUUGCAACUUAAAAUACGAAAAUUGUGAUACUAACGAAAUUGUUCAAUACACAAAUUAUAGCAGUAUUUAUAUUAUAAGAUAGUAGCUUUGAACCCUUCAAUAUAUUUGAUUUUCUUGCUCCAAA